UAGCAGACGACUCGACAACAGAGGCUAGCAAAAUGGCGUCGCCACUGGAGAACCUGGAAACCCAGCUCGAGGUUUUCAUCGAAAAUGUGCGCCAGAUCCGUAUUAUAGUGAGCGAUUUUCAACCGCAAGGGCAAAACGUGCUCAAUCAAAAGAUACAAGGUCUCGUGAAUGGACUUCAAGAAGUGGACAAGUUGAAAUCGCAGGUCCAAGAUGUUCACGUUCCACUAGAAGUCUUUGACUACAUAGACCAGGGACGGAACCCUCAACUCUACACAAAAGACUGCAUUGAGAAGGCGCUUACAAAGAAUGAACAGGUCAAGGGAAAGAUUGAUGCUUACAGAAAAUUCAAGGCCAACAUGCUGCUGGAGUUGACUUGUGUUUUUCCUAAUGAGCUAGCAAAAUACAGAGCAAUUCGUGGUGAUGAGUAAUAGAAUGUUAUUAGAAUACGAUCUCCUAAAAUUUGAUUCCUUACUUAUGUAUAUUUCUCAUAAAUUUUCUUUACUUUUCGACAAUAACUAGUUAUUAUAUCUCUACUGUAAAACCACAUAUUUCAGCGCUUUGAUAGCUGAGAACAGCAGAUCAAAAGUU